UUAUUUUCCUGUCACCACUCUGCCAGGGCCCUCACCUCCUCCCUGUAGGCUGUCUUAUCACUGUAGUUAAUCAGGUCUACAACUGCUGUGUCGUCUGCAAACGUAAUGAUUGAGUGGCCACCCAGUCAUACACAAAAUAGCACAAUUGUUCAGGAGCCCAUAAAAUGUCUGCUAUUCCCUCCAGCGUCAAACCUUGAUUAGAUAGGGAUUGUAUCAUACUGAUCAGAUCACAAAACCUACAUGUUAAUGCAAGGUGUAAACGAAGCUAGAGAGAGAGGAGAGAGAGAGCGAGCGAGAGAGACACCAGGCCAGCCCCUCCAAAAUGUGCGUCAGUGAAAGUGUUUAGACUGGGGAUCCAGCCCACUCACACACACUUUCCCGUUAGGCACACAUCAACAGCAGUACUUAAUUUGGGAAUGGGAAGAUCAUACCAAAUAAUGAUGUUAGAGAACAAGGUUUUUUCCUGUUUUGUAUUCUAUAGUGUUCUCCUGGUAAUCAAGAUGUACAUCAUAGCAAUCAUCACUGGACAAGUAAGGCUGCGCAAAAAGGCUUUCGCGAACCCAGAGGACGCGCAGAGACAUGGUGGCCUCCAGCACUUCAGAGAGGAUCCAGAUGUAGAGCGGUGCCAAAGGGCUCACCGUAACGACAUGGAGAAUAUCGUCCCCUUCCUGUUCCUGGGGGCCGUCUACUCCCUGAUUGGCCCGUCGCUGGCCGUGGCCCGCGCUCACUUCCUGGUCUUCUUCCUAUUCCGCAUGCUCCAUACGCUGGCCUACCUCUGUGUCCUGCGGGCACCCACGCGCUCCCUGGCCUACGUGAUCGCCCAGGUGCCCUGCAUCUCCAUGGCCGUUCAGAUUCUCGUGGCGGUGUCCUCGUAUGCGUGUUCUGACUUUAUUGGUGACGUCGUCAAUCUGUGACCAAUCUCAGUGGAUAAUUAGGGCCUGAUAAGAGCAGUAGAGAAUACUGCUUGUAAGAGGGAACAGAUAUUUUUCAUAUGAGGGAAAUCCUAAAGACUGCAUUGUCAUCAGACUGCAAUGCUACAAUAGCAGUUUGUGCCUCUCAGCAAUGCUCUCUGAAGUGUACACUGUUGUGCCCUAGCUAGUACAUCUUCAUGUAGUACUGUAUUCUUUUACAUCUUAGUCACAUAGCAGACGGUUUUAUCCAGAGCAACUUGCAGAUGCCUUGCUCAAGGGCACAUAGAUAGAUGUUUCACCUAGUUGGCUCGGGGAUUUGAACCAGCAACCUUUCAGUUACUAGCCCAAUGCUCUGAACCGCCAGGCUACCUAUAUGCUACAGAAUGCUGAAGUCAAUUGACUCCCUCUGAAGGUCAUGGGGACACUACUCUCGGAAGAAAAAGGUUAACCUUUCGAUUAACAUGUAACUUUGUAAUCAAUUAAUUGGGUUGACAUGUUUUUUUUCAUACACAAGUCAAUGUUACUUGUUUUCAUCUUUUACAUUCUGUAUUUCUUGUCAUUCAACAAGUGAUAAUUUUUGUAGGAAAGUCUGGGAUGUAGUGACCUAUUUGCUCAAACCAAUCCAGUAUUUUAGAAGUUGAACUGAAGAGCAGACAUGUAUAACACAAAUCAUUUAUAAUAAUGCAUUUUUUAAAUGAAAACAGAAGAAAACGAUGGAAUACCAUAUUCUAAGGAAUAUUUCUGGUGUGGUGGUCACUGUAUUUGUUUACAAAGCAUUGGCCACUAAGCUAUCACAUGAUGGAGGAUGAUGACUAUGUCAGAUAUGUCAGGUCUACCACUUCUGUCGAUGGGCUACGGAAGGGUUAGGAGGUUUGUCCUGAUCACAGGACUUGACUCACUAGGGCCCAUAGUUUUUUCUGGUCCGUUCCUGGACCUAGAUAGGAUCUAUGACUGCUGACUGAUCCAUAAUCAUAACAUCUACAGAUGCUGAAUCUUAACGUGAUCAUCCUGUUGUUGCAGGAAUUUUCCUGCACAGCAAGAAAUGCAAACUUUUAGUGUAUUCAAGGUUUUUUAAGGCUAUCUAAAGUUUGUAAUUUCCAUGUACUGUGAUCUGCACAACCAAAAAUGUAUCAACCCCUAAGAAAAUGUCAAUUCCAAUUCACAUUUCCUGUUGCUGCAGGAUUAUUUUUCUCCUGUGUAAAACUGGCUCAAUUUAAGAUACGGCAUCUGUAUUUUAACCUCAACCUUUGUGUUUCUUUAGCCUGUUUACAGAUCCUCUGGCAAGACUGCAAAAACAGAUCUUGGAUCAGGCCAAUGUUUCUAGAGUACUGUCCAUCUAUAACCAAUAGAUGGUUUGUCCAUAAAUGCUAUUGUGUGUUCUACACUGCAGCCCUUUGAGGCUUGCUAGAGCAGAAGAUGAUAUUGUGUAAACCUACGUGUUUCAAUUGGGAAUCAUUACUGAACAGUUACGACACAGUUCCAACUUACUGCAACACAGUUCCAAGUUGGAACACAGUUUCAGGCCUCUGGAUUAUAAUUAAGCAAUAUGUGGCUAGGUACAAGCUUAUCAAUAGACCACCAUUAGUUCCUCAGACAGACAGACUUUUGUCCUGGAAGUUGUUCCUUCCUCUGACUUGGGGCUGCUAGCUAAUCUCAUUCGGGGCUAGGGGUAAGACAUUGGAAUCUCUGGCUGGGGGAAGGUGAUUGUCGUAGGUGGGACGGUGGGUAUUCGCUGACCUCUCUCUCUGUGUCUGAUGGUCCAGAGUUCCAGGCAGGGCUGAGUUCCAGAAUUCCUCUGUUGUUAUGUAAGGCCCUGGACUGGACACUGUCCACAGGAAGGGGCUAGGGGGGGGGGGCUGGAAAAUGUGCAGUCAUGCAUGCUUGCUGCUAACCUACACACAGUCAUAGGCUGUAGACUCUUCCUCAUACUCAUUUAAACACGCUCUCACAUUCACACAUGGAUAUGUGCCCAGUCUGUAGCUUACUGUAUAGGUGUUCACAAUUACAUGCAUUCUUGCACUUCACCCUCUUUAUGUCUCAUUCAUAUUAACACACUUACAUACUCUCACUGUACAUGACAAUUAAUUUUACAUACCAACUGCAAGGUAUUCAAAAUAAAUAUGUAUUUUUUCUAUGGAUGACUUCAUCUUGUAUCAAUUCAAUGUACAGUCAAUAGGAUGUUAUUGACUGUGUUAGGUAGCAGGGGACAAGCCAUGUCUCUCUCUGUGUGCACUUAGCCGUGGAAAGGAGUUUGGUGGGUGGGGGGAUACCAUUUGUUAUUUGUUUUGCCCAUGCUGAGGACCGCUAUAUCGGUCCACUAAUAUAGGACUAGUACUUAUUUUGUGAACAAAAAUGAAUUAAAUGUAUUUGAGUGUUUACAAGCAUUUGUAACUUGAGUCUGAUAAUUAUCUGUACAAAACAUUUAAUCUGAUAAUACUUGUGGAAUAUAGAAAUAUUUGCUUAAAA